AUGAACAAAUUUGUUGCUCCCUUCACAGAAAAUCUUCUCUUUAUCAAUGGAGGAUUUAUCUCUUCAGUUCGAUCACUUAUGGGAAUCCCUAUCUCUCUCCGUUUUCUUGGAACAUCUACAGCAACCCCAUUUGCCUCAUCGUCUAUUCUUUCAUCACCAUUGCCAGAAGAAGUGUUUGAUCCUGCUUCACACAUAAUCCAAGAAAAAGAUCUUCUAAGAAAAUCCCCAAAUGGUUCUUUACGUGUAUUAGAGCUAAUUGAUGAUGGGUUAUUGGAACCAGACGCUAAAUUGUACAGUCAACUGCUUAACAGGCUUACCCAAUUGGGAAAGAUAAAGGAAGGCAAAAUGGUGCAUACCCAUUUCAUGAAUUCAAAGUUUAAGCAUUAUGUCGUGAUUCAAAAUACGGUGCUCAAUAUGUACGCAAAAUGUGAUCGUUUGGAUGAUGCACGAGAGGUGUUUGAUAAAAUGCCUGUUAAAGAUAUGGUCACUUGGACUGCUCUGAUUACCGGGUACUCUCAGAAUGAUAAACCAGUCGAAGCACUUGUUUUGUUUCCCCAAAUGCUUAGGCUUGAAUUGAAGCCAAAUCACUUCACUUUUUCAAGUCUUUUGAAGGCUGCUGGAGCUAGAGCCGACGAAAAGGAAGGUGAGCAGAUUCAUGGCUAUUGUUUGAAGUAUGGAUAUGAUUCCAAUGUUUAUGUGGGAAGUGCACUUGUGGACAUGUAUUGUAGGUAUGAAAGAAUGGAGGAAGCUCAUUUUGUUUUUGAUGGAUUAGAACACAAAAAUGAGGUUUCUUGGAAUUCUCUGAUUGCUGCUUUUGCCAGAAAGAAUGAGGGAGAUAAAGCCCUCCAACUUUUUCAGAAGAUGCAAAGAGAUGAAUAUAAACCAACUCAUUUCACAUAUUCAAGUAUUUUUAGUUCUUGUGCAAGCACCGGAUCACUAGAGCAAGGAAAAUGGAUUCAUGCCCACAUGCUCAAAUCUGGUCUUAAACUUAUUGCGUUCAUCGGUAACACCCUCCUUGAUAUGUAUGGCAAAUCAGGUAGCUUUGAUGAUGCUAUAAAAGUUUUCGAUAGAUUAGCUAAGCCAGAUGUGGUUUCGUGGAAUUCUAUGCUUACUGCAUACGCACAACAUGGACUUGGCAUAAAAACCCUCCAACAAUUUGAGAAAAUGUUGAAAACUGGAAUUGAACCAAAUGCAGUAACUUUCCUCUGUGUUCUCACUGCUUGUAGCCAUGGUGGACUCCUGGAAAAGGGACAACAUUACUUUGAAAUGAUGAAGAAAUUCAAGAUCCAACCAGAAGUCUCUCAUUAUGUAACGAUGGUUGAUUUACUUGGCCGAGCCGGUCAAUUUGAUCGUGCUCAAAGUUUCAUUAGAGAACUCCCAAUUGAACCCACUGCAGCCAUAUGGGGAGCUUUACUUGGUGCUUGUAGGAUGCAUAAGAAAAUGGAGUUGGGUGUGCAUGCUGCUGAACGGGUGUUCGAACUCGAUCCUUAUGAUUCAGGACCGCACAUAUUGCUAUAUAAUAUCUACGCUUCUGCUGGUAAGUGGAACGAGGCUUCAGAAGUUCGAAAAUUCAUGAAAGAAAUUGGAGUAAAAAAGGAACCCGCUUGCAGUUGGGUGGAGAUCAAGAACUCAAUGCACAUGUUUGUGGCAAAUGACGAAUCUCACCCUCAGAAAGAUGCGAUACAUAAGAUGUGGGGCGAGAUUAGUGAAAGAAUCAAGGAGAUUGGAUACGUUCCAGAUACAAGCCAUGUCCUUCUGUUUGUCAACCAGCAAGAAAGAGAAGCCAAGUUACAAUAUCACAGUGAAAAGCUCGCUUUGACGUUUGCGCUUCUGAAAACGCCAAAAGGGUCUACGAUUAGGAUCAAGAAGAACAUCAGGGUCUGUGGAGAUUGUCAUUCGGCUUUCAAGUUUGUUUCCCAAUUAAUCGAGAGAGAGAUUGUUUUAAGAGACACGAAUCGGUUCCAUCAUUUCAGUCGUGGAUCUUGUUCUUGUGGUGAUUAUUGGUAGCAUAAAUAUGAACAGCUAAAGGUGAUUUAGACUAGGUGAGUUCUAAAUUUAACGGUAAAUCUAUAAACUUGAUCAAAUUAAGGAAUUGUUACUCAUGAUAUGAAUACAUGUCUGAAUGUGAUC